AUGCCUCCAACUGAAGCCCCUCCUGCUUAUACACCAAUUUCGAAAAAAGCGUCCUCGGUUAUUCCAGACGACCAGCUCUGGGCCCUUAGAGGGUACGAUAUAGUAUAUAUCGUUGACGAUAGCAGUCUGAUGGCAUGGACAGAGAAGAAACUGGGCAUUGUGCCGUGGCCACAUGCUCGUGAUGCCUUGAUGACGCUUUCCAAUAUUUGUGCUGACUGGGAUGAAGAUGGUCAGGAUAUAUGGUUUCUCAAUAAGAGAGCUCCAGUUUUGGGCGUUUCGCCAGAGCGGAUCCAAGAAGAGUUUGAUGGCCGUACGCCUUGUGGUGGUACUAACAUGGGCAAGACGUUGUUGAAUUUGGCCCAGAAGUACUUUGAAGACUAUAAGCAAGGGUCGACCAAACCGGUGAAUAUAUUGGCUAUAACCGAUGGCCAGUUUUCCGAUGACGUUGCCAGCGUGGUUAGAUGGAUUGUCCAGCAAUUGGAAACGCUCAAUGCGCCGCCAAACCAAAUGGGAAUCCAGUUUGUUCAGAUUGGUGCUGAUCCAGCAGCCAAAAAGUGUCUCAAAAUGCUCGACGACGAUUUGGAAAAGAAAGGCCUUGCAAGAGAUAUCGUCGACACUGUCCCUUGGGACAACAAAAAGGUUGACGGUGCAAAAUUCAGCGGAAAGUACUUGGCCAAGGUUGUGUGUGGAGCCAUCAAUAAGCGAUUAGACGCUGACUCAGGCAUGGCCCCAAAGAAGCGCUGGGUGAAACGUAUUUUCAACAAGUCUUAG